AUGAACAAAGUUUUGAAAUCUCAUAAACACAACAUCUCCGAUAUAAAUGAACUUCAAGCUACAUUAGACAGUAAAGCCGACAAGAACCAUACACAUAAAUUCUUCACUACUGUUAGAGCAGACGACAUAAUAUUGAACUAUACCCUUGGUUCAAGUGCACCUUUAGAGAAUCCAAGUACAAGCGUAAAAGAUACACUAAACUCCUUAAAUAGUAAAUGUAUGAACAUUGAAGGUCAUGCCAGAAACUUUGAAACCCAUGAACUACCAGCAAUGUUAGACAGUAAAGCUGACAAGAACCAUACACAUACAAGUUUUACAACUGUUGCUAUAGAAAGUAUUGAAGGAACGGUUGAAGAAACUG